AUGGCAAGAAUCAAAGUGACAGAAAGAAAUUCAGAGGAACGUAGCGAAUCGAGAACGGAAAUGCUCUCAGAGUAUAUAAAAUCAAUAGCAUUCAAGAAACAACAGAUAACAAAAGUAUUCCAAAAGGGGGAUAAAAUUGAAGUGGCAAGUCAAGUAUAUGGCUUCGUAGGUUCUUACUACGAAGCAACUAUUGUUUCUUCAAUUGGCGCUUACCAUUACAAAAUCAAGUACAAGAAUCUGUUGACUGAUGAUGAAUCUGCACCACUGGAAGAGAUGUUCACUUCAGCCGCGAUCCGCCCUGUUCCGCCUCAUCGAGAUGAAACAAUGUCAGAAAACGGAUUCCGUCUGUACGAUAUGGUUGAUGUGUUUGCCAACGAUGGAUGGUGGUUUGGAUUUAUCAGUGGGAAAAUCGGAGAAGAGCACUAUGUCUACUUCCCUACAACUGCAGAUAACAUUGCAUAUCCUCGCGAUGUACUGAGAUUUCAUCAAGAAUGGUCUAAUGGCAAAUGGAUAUUUCUUCCACGACAAGGAAAGAUUUUCGACUUGCAUUAA